GGGAGGCCGUGGUGGUGAGGAGGAGGAGGAGGAGGAGAGCGCUGUAAACUUGGAACAAGUUUGGGACGGGCGGCUCCUCGCUCGCUCGGGGGAGUUCGCCGCGAUUUUUUUUUUAAAGGCAGGACAGAGGGGCAAGUCCCCGAGCCGCCCCGGCGCUCGCAGUUUGUCAGUCACCAUGUGUUUGUAAAAACAAUAGAGGGAAAAGUUGUCGGACCUCCUUUUUUUUUUUUUUUUUCCUUCUUCCCCCUUUCUUUUUGCCGCUUUUUUAUUUUUGUUGUUGUUUUGGUUUGUUUUGUUAUUGGGCGUUUUUAAUUUUUGUGGUGUUUUUUAGUGGGUUUUUGUUGCUUUUUUUUGCCGGUUUUUUGUUUUUUUGGCUGGCUGGCGUCUCGGCUGUCAGGGUGGGGGAGCUGGUGGCGGGCGUCUGGUGGCCGGGAACCCCAAAUCCCAACAAAGCCAGGUGUAGGGUGCCUGUAAAGCUGUGGAGUACCCCGGAGCAGAACUGACACUGACAGUACUUUUUCCUGGUUUUGGAGGGUCACACACGUGUGAGAUAAUAAAGCACUUUGGCAGAAGAUUACUCUUUUUUAUUAUUUUUUUUAUUUUUUAUUUUUAUUCCUUUUUUCCCCCCCUUUGGAAUAUUGUGAACAUAAUUGUGGCCAUUUAAGGUUUGUGUGAUUUUGCUAAAAUGCAUCACCAACAGCGAAUGGCUGCCUUAGGGACGGACAAAGAACUGAGUGAUUUACUGGAUUUCAGUGCGAUGUUUUCACCUCCUGUGAGCAGUGGGAAAAAUGGACCAACUUCCUUGGCAAGUGGACAUUUUACUGGCUCAAAUGUAGAAGACAGAACUAGCUCAGGGUCCUGGGGGAAUACAGGACAUCCUAGUCCAUCCAGGAACUAUGGAGAUGGGACUCACUAUGAUCAUAUGGCGAGCAGAGACCUUGGGUCGCAUGACAAUCUCUCUCCUCCAUUUGUCAAUUCCAGAAUACAAAGUAAAACAGAAAGGGGAUCAUACUCAUCCUAUGGAAGAGACUCGAAUUUACAGGGUUGCCACCAGCAAAGUCUCCUUGGAGGUGACAUGGAUAUUGGCAACCCAGGAGCGCUCUCCCCCACUAAGCCUGGCUCCCAGUACUAUCAGUAUUCUAGCAAUAACCCCCGGCGGAGGCCUCUCCACAGCACCUCUAUGGAAGUACAAACAAAGAAAGUUCGAAAAGUUCCUCCAGGUUUACCAUCUUCAGUUUAUGCCCCGUCAGCAAGCACUGCCGACUACAAUAGGGAUUCACCAGGUUAUCCAUCCUCAAAACCAGCAGCCAGCACUUUUCCUAGCUCCUUCUUCAUGCAAGAUGGCCAUCACAGCAGCGACCCGUGGAGCUCCUCCAGCGGGAUGAACCAGCCUGGGUACGGGGGCAUGCUGGGCAACUCCUCUCACAUCCCCCAGUCCAGCAGCUACUGCAGCCUGCACCCGCACGAUCGCUUGAGCUACCCAUCACACUCCUCAGCAGACAUCAAUUCCAGUCUUCCUCCGAUGUCCACCUUCCACCGCAGUGGCACAAAUCAUUACAGCGCAUCUUCUUGCACACCCCCUGCCAACGGGACGGACAGCAUCAUGGCGAACAGAGGAAGUGGGGCAGCAGGCAGCUCGCAGACUGGUGAUGCGCUGGGGAAAGCACUUGCCUCUAUCUAUUCUCCAGAUCACACCAACAACAGCUUUUCAUCAAAUCCUUCAACUCCUGUUGGUUCUCCCCCUUCUCUCUCAGCAGGCACAGCUGUUUGGUCUAGAAAUGGAGGUCAAGCGUCAUCAUCUCCCAAUUAUGAAGGUCCCUUACACUCUUUGCAAAGCCGGAUCGAGGACCGCCUGGAGAGGCUGGACGACGCCAUCCACGUGCUGCGCAACCACGCGGUGGGGCCGGCCACCGCCAUGCCCGGCGGCCACGCCGACAUGCACGGCUUGAUAGGCCCGUCGCACAACGGAGCCAUGGCCGGCCUGGGAUCCGGGUACGGCACCGGCCUGCUCUCCGCCAACCGGCACUCGCUCAUGGUCGGAGCUCACCGCGAGGACGGGGUCAGCCUCCGCGGGAGCCACUCGCUUGUGCCAAACCAGGUGCCAGUGCCCCAGCUGCCCGUCCAGUCUGCCACCUCCCCGGAUCUGAACCAGCCCCAGGACCCGUACCGGGGCAUGCCGGCCGGACUGCAGGGACAGAGCGUCUCUUCGGGUAGCUCCGAGAUCAAGUCUGAUGACGAGGGAGACGAGAACCUCCAGGACACAAAGUCUUCUGAGGACAAGAAACUAGAGGAUGACAAGAAGGAUAUCAAAUCAAUUACUAGGUCAAGAUCUAGCAAUAACGAUGAUGAAGACCUGACACCAGAGCAGAAGGCUGAGAGGGAAAAGGAGAGGAGAAUGGCCAACAACGCCCGGGAGCGCCUGCGCGUCCGCGACAUCAACGAGGCUUUCAAGGAGUUGGGCCGGAUGGUGCAGCUCCACCUGAAGAGUGACAAGCCCCAGACCAAGCUCCUGAUUCUACACCAGGCCGUGGCUGUCAUCCUCAGCUUAGAGCAGCAAGUCAGAGAAAGAAACCUGAAUCCUAAAGCAGCGUGUCUGAAGAGAAGGGAAGAAGAGAAGGUGUCUUCAGAUCCUCCUCCGCUUUCCCUGGCCGGACCCCACCCUGGGAUGGGAGAUGCCUCCAAUCACAUGGGACAGAUGUAAAAAAAGGUCCAAGUUGCCACAUUUCUUCAUUUAAGCAAGAGACCACUUCCUUAACAGCUGUAUUAUCUUAAAACCCACAUAAACACUUCUCCUUAACCCCUCCCCCCCCCUUUUUUUUUUGUUUUUGUAAUGUAAGACAAGUCUGAGUAGUUGAGAAUCACAGACGCAAGAGAUUUCAGCAUUCCCGAGUAUUAAAAACCGAGAGGGGAAAAACAAAAGAGAGAAACCACAACAAAACACAAAAAAACACAAAAACCACAAACAGCAAAGUGCAACUUGAGGGACGACUCUCUUUUUAACAUAUCAUGCAGAAUGUCUAACGCAGUAUGUUCCGAGCUGUACGUGCACAGCCUGUAGAGACUGAAUGGCAAUCCUUCUCCACACUGUGGGACAAUGCAUUUGUGCCUAAAAAAGAAAACAAACACACACAAAAAAAUAACAAAAAAAACCCUUCUUUUGGAGAGAAAAAAAAAGAAAAAGGAAAAAAAAAAAAAAACGAUUUUGAUUUGUAAAAGGUCUCGAGGGGGAAAAAAAAAACGUAAAAAAAAAAAGUAUUUAAUUUAAAAUGGUAAACUUGCAAUAAUGAUGAAAAAAGUGUACUUCUGAAGAAAAAAAACACAGAAAAAACGAAAAAAAACAAGCGUUUUUGUUGGUGUGCUAGACAGCUAGUGUUUAUACUUACUGGAUAUUAAAAAGGGAAGCUUUGCUGCCCAGAUAUUUACAAAACCAGCAAACGUCCUAAUGAAAACUGAAGCGAUGACAUUAGCCAUUCCUUAGGGUAGGAGAAACAGAUGGAUCUUAUAGACCUAUGACAAAUAUAUAUAUAUAAAUAUAUAUAUAAAUAUAUAUUAAAAAUUUAGUGAAUAUGGUAAGCUUUUGUUCAUUUGUUUCGGACUUUUUUGCUCCUGUAAAAAAAUAGUACUGAUUAACUUUUUUAAGAAGAAGAUUUUACUGUAAAUAAGGAUUUUUUUGUCUUAUUUCCGUCCCUCUCCCCUGUUUCUUCGGUUGUUGCAACCUGUAGUGCCAGCUCUGUCUCUGGAGAGGGUAGUACAGGACGAAACGCUGACCCUGACGUUGCUUCUCAUCCAUAACUAACGUAGAGAGUUGUUUCUUCAGUCUCUGUGGCCGAGCAGGUGCCGGGGCCGGCGCCGGGCCAGCGCCCGGGCGCGGGAGCGAGCCCCCGGCCGUGCCGCUCGAGACCCUGCGUGGGGAUUUUCAGAGGUACAAGGUUAGAAUGCUACAAUGUUACCACUGUGCCUUCCAAUGUUUAUAUCAUCGGAAACAUGACAUAAUCAAAGUGGCUGUGAUUAACGACCCGAUCCAAGCGUUACCUAUGUGUGUAGCCUAAAUAGUGUGCAGUGAGACGUUGCUGAAUACAUGGUCAGAUAAGGGGAUGGGGGACAGGGGGGACGGGACCAUCACAAAGGGGAUAUUUACAAGUAGUGUGACAGAUUUCAAUCUACUACUUUUUUUCUGUUGUUGUUCUCUCGUUUUUUAAGUAAGUAAGUAAGUGGAUUAUUUAAGUGUAGACCACUCGCUGCCUCCUCCUUUCUUUGUGAAAUGCCAAUUCCGGUCAUCAUGCAGCAUUAUAACAAGCCUUAUGAGUCCUAAAGCAUUAAGUUGCACUUUCUCGAGGAGGGGCGGCAGUACAGUAUUUCUCUGGCCAGUACGAAUGAAGUUUUUACUCAACAUAUUUAAUAGUGACAUAGCUCAAACUGUGGCACAGCAGCUCAUCCGAUAACUAGCUUUGAAGUGUGGGCACAACUGAACCAACUUCCAUAGUGAAUCUUAACGGCGAUCGACUUUUUGGUGUACAGUGCGAUUAACAGAUAGUGCUCCUAGUUACGUAUCUGUCAGCAUCCUUUUGUCUCUUGAUUCCAGUUUCUAUUUUUACAGCCACACCAACCUGGCAUGUAUUUUAAAUAAAAUACUCCCUGUUUGAGUAGAUUUUUUUUUUCCUUUUUCCACCUAUCAACACUGAAUAAAUGCCAUAAAUCCAUCAAA